AUGACUCUCUCCUCACGCACUGCGAAGUCGAGCGUUGGAAAGGUGCGAUGGUCAUCGGUGGUCAGCAGCCCUCAGUUCCAUCCAUCGCCCACGGGGAAUUGGGAAUACUGGCGCAAGGUGCCCGCCUGGAUGGAUGUAUCUCGGAACGAGUUUUUGAACUACAAGUGGCAGAUGCACCACUCGCUGCAGAACACCCCGUCUCUGCUUGCCUUUCUGUCUGGAGUCCUUCCGCCCCAAGUCACAGCACCGUCGGGUCACGGAGAAAUCACUCGUGACGAGGUGUUGAAUGAUGUGGUGACCGGACUCAAGAAGGCACCGAUGGCUACUCGACUGACACCCCACAUUCUGGCGCUGAUCAACUGGGACGAGGUCUACUCCGAUCCAAUUCGACGCCAAUUCAUCCCAGUUGGCUCCUCGUACCAGCCCGACCAUCCCAAGCUCACCCUCGACUCGUUGAACGAGACGCAUGACUCACCAGUGAAAGGCCUGGUUCAUCGCUAUCCUGACAAGGUGCUGUUUCUGGCCAGCUCUGUGUGUCCGGUCUACUGCCGGUUUUGCACCCGAUCCUACUCUGUAGGGGCGCAAACUGAGUCGGUCUCCAAAAAGCGAUUUCUCCCACUCCGAAAAUACUGGGAGCCGAUGUUUGAUUACAUUGCGCAGACCCCAGCCGUGACCGAUGUCGUCGUCUCCGGGGGCGACACCUUUUUCCUUGAGCCACAGCAACUGCAAGAAAUCGGCGAGCGACUCCUGAGUCUGGAAAACGUGCGACGGAUCCGCUUCGCGAGCAAAGGACUGUCUGUCUGCCCGUCACGCAUCCUGGACCCAGAUGACGGAUGGGCCAAUACGCUGAUCGCCCUCAGCGAGCAGGGCCGGGCGCAAGGCAAGAGCAUCGCCCUACAUACGCAUUUCAACCACCCGCAAGAGAUCUCCUGGAUCAGCGAGCAGGCUGCGCAGCACCUCUUCCGUCAUGCCGUGACGGUUCGAAAUCAGACUGUCUUACUGAAUCGGGUCAACAAUGACGUCCAUACCAUGAAGCGAUUGAUCCGGACGCUGGCAGACAUCAAUGUCCAACCGUAUUACGUAUACCAGGGGGACAUGGUACGGGGGGUGGAGGAUCUCCGGACCCCCUUGCGCGACAUUCUGCACCUCGAAUCGCAGAUCCGCGGCACGAUCGCCGGCUUUAUGACCCCCUCCUUCGUCGUCGACCUUCCCGGUGGCGGUGGCAAGCGGCUGGCGCAAACUUAUGACAGCUACGAUCCCUUGACGGGCGUGUCCAGAUUCACAGCCCCGGGGGUCAAAGGGGACACUGUACAUGAGUACCAUGACCCCAUGUGGUCCUUGCCUUCAGCAACAGAGGAGACAAGCACGGAGAAGGUAGAUUCUAGCUCGUAA